UUCUUCACCAGUGCGUUGCGAUUGUGCAUUCCCUCAAUGCUCGGACAUUGUCAAUGGAUCAAUAAUUCCGGUUCCUUCGGCACAUGUCCCAUCCGAAUGCUUCCUCGUAUAUAUAUGCUUGCGCCGUUGCAGCAGGCAGACAAUGUGGAGAAAUGCGUUUUGGUGCUCACUCCGCAUGAGAUCACUCGUUGCCGGGGACGAACCAUGUGCGUGUAGAAUGUGUGUAUGAUAGUGCAGAGGGGCGGCCUAUCUAAUUUCGGAGAAUGAAUCCGUGUGAUUUAAUGUGGAAUCAUCGAAGCGAGUGGGGAUCAUCGACGUGCUGGGCGAACGCGGACGAGGAAUAUCAAGACGAAUUGGUGCAACGCCAUGGCGCGGACAAAAUCAUCCUCCUCGCCCCUGACAGCGUUGGUGGCGGGCAUUCUCGUGUGCGUGGCAUCUGUGAGCACGCGAGGGCAGAUCAUUACCGCAGAUAGGAUCUCGUUUCCUGCUGGACAUGGAAGUCGCAUUCGAGAGUUGUCGGGGGUCAUUUACAAACCGCGAGGCUACAAUGCUGCUCUCCUCAACCAUUACCCCGCUGUGGUGAUGAUGCAUGGCUGCAGUGGCAUUUGGUCGGAGCGGGUUGUGGGCGCUACCAACCGCGAUGGCACUCCCAAUUUGCAGAACAACAUCGAUAAGUGGGGGAAAAAGCUGGCGGAGAGUAACAUCGUGGCUUUGGCUGUGGACAGCUUCACACCCCGCCAGCCUGCCAGCAUCACUAGCAGCGAGGAAUGGCAGAAUCAGUGCAUUGACAAUGCAGGGCGUUAUGCUGGUGCUGUCAAUCCUUACACAGAACGCGUCCAAGAUGCCCGCGCGGUAUGGGAUUAUCUCAAUGCCAUGCAGGAGAUCGACGGCUCGAAAAUUGGCCUCCUCGGUUGGUCGCACGGCGCCCAAGCAGUCAUGGUGGAGGUAGCUGAGACCGACCGCUUGAGCAACGUCUCACGGCCAGAAUCCGACCACAAAUUCGUCUGCUCGGUGGCUUUCUACCCAGGUUGUGGUGUCAAUCUAGGAUUUGGCCCUUCGGUGACCAAAAGUUUCUGGCGGCCGUUCCGACCUAUGCAGCUUCAUAUCGGAGAGUGCGAUCCUUUCUAUACGAACUGCGUAACCCGAAAGAAUUUGGCAACCAUCCAGUACGCGAAAUCCAUCGCAUUUUUUGCUCACGCAGGCGCUAAGCACCAUUUCGACGCAUGUUCACGAACGUGGCCUACAUCGUCGUGCGGCCAUAAUUCCCCCGAAAGCGACGACACAUGCUCUUCGCCGUGCAACCACAAUGCUGAUGAGUGCGCCAUGCGAGCUGCGGACUACAGCGCUCUUGACUUCCUUCUGUCUGCUCUGCGUUGACGUGUUGCAGGUAUAACGUUUAGCGGAGAUUGUCCAUGGGUCCCAUGGCCUGGAGCGGCAUUCAGACAAUGUCCAAAACCAUGAAUGAGUUGCAUAAAUUACGGGCGUAAAUGAUUGUACUCUGUCAAGAAGGCCUCUGCAAUAGAAUCUGUCACUUGGCUGUGCAUGAAAUGGGUGUGUUUACUUUUUUCUCUGUGUCGAUGCUGUGGGAUACUCAUAGCCAUGAGAGAGAGGUGGAGGCACUACAAAGGGGCUUUGCAAAGGGCGGGCAUGCACCGGGGUGGAGGGAGGAGGGCUCGGCAUGUGAGCAUGCGUGACCCCUGGCGACCCACUUUGGCUUAGAUUAGGAUAGAGAAGAAGUCCCAACACACGCGCGCACGCCCACACACACAUACAGAGACAGACAGACAGACACAGAGAGGGAGGUGGGGGGUGCGGGGGUUGUCAGAAAGGAAGGAGGAAGGGAGGGAAGUGGACAGUGUCGCAGUCCCCGACUGCAAUCGCGACAGUGUCCACUUGUUGCCAGAUUUGUUUCAUGUUUGCUAAGAUCCUUCAAACUUGUUUCACAACUGUUUUUCAAUUGCAACACUUUUUUCUUAUUGCA